UCCUCAUGUGUUGUUUCUUGGGGUACUUAUUUUGCAUGCCGGAACAACCGCGUAGAACGGCAAAGUUAGGUGUUCGUCAAUGUGGUGACAUUUAUAGUCAUUACUUUUAUAAGAAGCGUUUUUCUGGGUGAAUAAUUUAAAAUAUUUAACGUGUUUGUCUAGCGACACUCGGAUAAAUGUACAUGGAGGUUACAUGGCGCCCGCGUGUCAUUGACAGCCGGAAGUAGGCUAAUUAGCGUUAGCAUAUGAAUGACGUCACCAAAUGAUGCUGCUCAGCUAAGAAAAAGGAGGAGAAACAUUGCAGAAACUUCCACAAAGUUACUCCGUCAUGUUUCAUCUUUUCAAGGGGCUGCCGUCCUGUUUCCCUCCGGCACGUCUGACACUGCGCUCCCGGGUAUGGGUCUCACCAGCUGGGCGAAGGGCGCAAGUUGUGUCCGGUCACAUCCGCUGUCAACGAGCCUUUCACCGGCUUCACUCUCCACAAGUCACUGCGUUCACGUCCCAGUUCGAACCCCGCUACCUGUUGCAUGGACCUCCAUGGUGGAGGCAGUUCCAUACCUCAUCGCCGUUAGGGGCAUUGCCUACCCCACUUCUAUGGAUGGUGCUCAAACCUUUGCAGAAGCUCAUGGCCAUCAUACUGGGCAGAAGUUUAAGGAAGUGGUGGGUGGCGCUCCCAGACAACCGCCGCAAUCUUUUCCGCCAAUGGGCUUGGCAGCGGCGAUGGCGGCUGUCGGCGGCAGCGGGCGUAGCGGCGACGAUUGUGGCCCUCCUCCUCCUGACCCACCUGGACGAGUCGCCGGUGACGGGACGCACUCGCCUCCUUGUGUUCACCAGGGAAAACUACAUGGAGUUGGCGGCCAUCACCUCCACAGCUUACAUGGAGGAGUUUGCUGAGCUCAUGCUUCCUGAGAGCGACGCCCGUCACCAGGUAGUGAAGCAGGUGGUCCAGCACCUGGCUCAGCGGAACAGCGAUCUGGCGGAAAUGUCAGACGUCACCUGGAGCGUCCACGUGGUGCAAAGUCCCAACAUCAAUGCCUUCGUCCUUCCGAAUGGAAAAGUGUUCAUGUUCACCGGAAUGCUGGAAGCUGUGGCAGAUGUUCACCAGCUCACAAUCGUCUUAGGACACGAGAUGGCUCACGCCUUACUGGGACAUGCUGCAGAACAGGCCAGCCUGUCUCAUGUGGUGGACCUCCUAUCUGUGAUCCUGCUGACCGCCAUCUGGGCCGUGUGUCCUCGGGACAGCCUGGCGCUGCUGGGUCAGUGGGCACAGGACAAACUCACACAGUUGAUGUUCAACCGUCCCUACAGCAGGAAGCUUGAGGCGGAGGCGGAUCAAGUGGGUCUGCAGUUGGCAGCCAAGGCGUGUGCAGAUGUGCGUGCGGGGCCCGUCUUCUGGCAGCAGAUGGAGAUCCGCGACCAGCUGAGCGGAGAACCCAGCCUGCCCGAGUGGCUGUCCACACAUCCGUCUCACAGGAACCGAGUGGCGCAACUGGACCUCCUUGUGCCCCAAGCUCUGGAGGUGAGGGAAACCUGCGUGUGUCCCGCCCUGCCGUCCACCGACCCUCGCGCCGUCUUCUCCAAGAGCGUCCACAGGCUGCUGGCGGACACCAAAGCUCGAGAAAGAGCAAAUGUCACGGUGACGCCGUCGCACGGGCCCGCCGCCGGGGCGGCUGCAGCGGCUCUGAUCGCCACAAACUCAACCGGCCCCUUCAGCCCGUGAGCCGCCGUCCGCUGACUCAGUGAGUGCAGACGACUGUAUUACUACUGCUUGAAGACUUGGGGAAAAUGGCGUUAAAGCACAUGAAUCCGUAGCCAAAUAUGCCCUGGGAAUGACUGCAUGAUCCGUUCAUAACCUUUUUUCUGUAGCACAGCAGAAAACUGUCCAAUCGAGGAUCUUUAACCAGUGUUCUUGCAGUGGGUCCUAAAAAACAACCAAGCAUCCCGGUUGUUUGCUCGGUGGCAGUCAUGCGUCCAUCAGUAGGUUAACAACUUUAAAGCAGGGGUCACCAACCUUUUUGAAACCAAGAGCUAUUUCUUGGGUACUGAUUAAUGCGGAGGGCUACCAGUUUGAUACACACUUAAAUAAAUUGCCAGAAAUAGUCAAUUUGCUCAAUUUACCUAAUAAAUACAUCUAUGUAUAUAUAUAUAUAUAAAAUUGGGUAUUUCUGUCAUUCCGUCGUACAUUUUUUUUCCUUUUACGGAAGGUUUUUUGUAGAGAAUAAAUUAUGAAAAAAACACUUAAUUGAACGGUUUAAAAGAGGAGAAAACAGGAAAAAAAUGAAAAUUAAAUUUUGAAACAUAGUUUAUCCUCAAUUUCGACUCUUUGAAAUUCAAAACUCAACCUAAAAAAAGAAGAGAAAAACUAGCUAAUUCGAAUCUUUUUGAAAAACUAAAAAAAAUAAUUUAUGGAACAUCAUUAGUAAUUUUUCCUGAUUAAGAUUAAUUUUAGAAUUUUGAUGACAUGUUUUUAAUAGGUCAAAAUCCAAUCUGCACUUUGUUAGAAUAUAUAACAAAUUGGACCAAGCUAUAUUUCUAACAAAGACAAAUCAUUAUUUCUUGUAGAUUUUCCAGAACAAAAAUUUUAAAAGAAAUUCAAAAGGUUUUUUUGUACAGAAUAAAUGAUGAAAAAAACAAUUAAUUGAACGGUUUAAAAGAGGAGAAAACUGAAAAAAAAAUGAAAUUAAAUUUUGAAACAUAGUUUAUCUUCAAUUUUGACUCUUUAAAAUUCAAAAUUCAACCGAAAAAAAUGGAGAAAAACUAGCUAAUUUGAAUCUUUUUGAAAAAAUUGAAAAAACUAUUUAUGGAACAUCAUUAGUAGUUUUUCCUGAUUAAGAUUAAUUUUAAAAUUUUGAUGACACGUUUUAAAUAAGUUAAAAUCCAAUCUGCAUUUUGUUAGAAUAUAUAACAAAUUGGACCAAGCUAUAUUUCUAACAAAGACAAAUCAUUAUUUCUUCUAGAUUUUCCAGAACAAAAAUUUUAAAAGAAAUUCAAACAACUUUGAAAUAAGAUUUUAAUAUGAUUCUAAAGAUUUUCUGGAUUUGACAGAAUAAUUUUUUUGAAUUUUAACCAUAAGUUUGAAGAAAUAUUUCACAAAUAUUCUUUGUGGAGAAAACAGAAGCUAAAAUGAAGAAUUAAAUUAAAAUGUAUUUAUCAUUCUUUACAAUAAAAAAAUAAUUUUACUUGAAAAUUGAUUUAAAUUGUCAUGAAAGAAGAGGAAGGAAUUUAAAAAGUAAACAGGUAUAUGUGUUUAAAAAUCCUAAAAUCAUUUUAAAGGUUGUAUUUUUUUCUCUAAAAUUGCCUUUCUGAAAGUUAUAAGAAGCAAAGUAAAAAAAAUAAUGAAUUUAUUUAAACAAGUGAAGACCAAGUCUUUAAAAUAUUUUCUUGGAUUUUCAAAUUCUAUUUGAGUUUUGUCUCUCUUAGAAUUAAAAAUGUCCAGCAAAGCGAGACCAGCUUGUUAGUAAAUAAAUACAAUUUUAAAAAUAGAGGCAGCUCACUGCUAAGUGCUGCUAUUUGAGAUAUUUUUAGAACAGGCCAGCGGGCGACUCAUCUGGUCCUUACGGGCUACCUGGUGCCUGCGGGCACUGCGUUGGUGACCCCUGCUUCAAAGCAACUCUGCAGUUAUUAAAGUAUUGUCAAAAUAGCAAUAUUGACCCUGGUAAGACACUUAGUGUGCAGCCAUUUUUACUCUGUUAUGUCAUUGCAAUUAGAAACACAUGUUUAAUGCAGGGGUCGGGAACCUUUUUGGCUGAGUGAGCCAUGAAAGCCAAAUAUUUUAAAAUGUAUUUAAAAUGAGAGCCAUAUCAUAUUUUUUAACACAGAAUACAACUAAAUGCGGGCAGCACGGUGGGGAAGGGGUUAGUGCAUCUGCCUCACUUUACGAAGGUCCCGAGUUCUGUAUGUAGUUUGCAUGUUCUCCCCGUGACUGCGUGGGUUCCCUCCGGGUACUCCGGCUUCCUCCCACUUCCAAAGACAUGCACCUGGGGAUAGGUUGAUUGGCAACACUAAAUUGGCCCUAGUGUGUGAAUGUGAGUGUGAAUGUUGUCUGUCUAUCUGUGUUGGCCCUGUGAUGAGGUGGCUACUUGUCCAGGGUGUAGCCCGCCUUCCGCCCGAUUGUAGCUGAGAUAGGCUCCAGCGACCCCAGAAAGGGAGAAGCGGUAGAAAAUGGAUGAAUGGAUGGACAAUUAAAUGCGGGCAUUUUUUAAAGUAAGACCAACAUUUUUAGAGUAUACCGUAUUUUUCGGAGUAUAAGUCGCUCCGGAGUAAAAGUCGCACCUGCCGAAAAUGCAUAAUAAAGAAGGAAAAAAACAUAUAUAAGUCGCACUGGAGUAUAAGUCGCAUUUUUUGGGGAAAUUUAUUUGAUAAAACCCUACACCAAGAAUAGACAUUUGAAAGGCAAUUUUUAAAAUAAAUAAAGAAUAGUGAAAAACAGGCUGAAUAAGUGUAUGUCAGGGGUCACCAACCUUUUUGAAAGCAAGAGCUACUUCUUGGGUACUGAUUAAUGCAAAGGGCUACCAGUUUGAUACACAAAUAAAUUGCCAGAAAUAGCCAAUAUGCUCAAUUUACCUUUAACUCUGUUAUUAUUAAUAAUUAAUGAUAUUCAUCUAUGUGGAAACACUGAUCAUCUUAAUGAUUUGUCACAAUAAAUAUAUAUUUUUGAUGACAUGUUUUAAAUAGGUUAAAAUCCAAUCUGCAGUUUUUUAGAAUAUAUAACAAAUUGGACCAAGCUAUAUUUCUAACAAAGACAAAUCAUUAUUACUACUAGAUUUUCCAUGAGAACAUUUUUAAAAGAAAUUCAAAAGAAUUUGAAAUAAGAUUUAAAUUUGAUUCUACAGAUUUUUCUAGAUUUGCCAGAAUACGGUUUUUAAAUUUUAUUCAUAAUAAGGUUGAAGAAAUAUUUCACAAAUAUUCUUCGUCGAAAAAAAACAGAAGCUAAAAUGAAGAAUAAAUUAAAAUGUAUUUAUCAUUCUUCAGAAUAAAAAAAAAUAUAUACAUUUACUUGAACAUUGAUUUAAAUUGUCAGGAAAGAAGAGGAAGGAAUUUAAAAGGUAAAAAGGUAUAUGUGUUUAAAAAUCCUAAAAUCAUUUUUAAGGUUGUAUUUUUUCUCAAAAAUUAUCUUUCUGAAAGUUAUAAGAAGCAAAGUAAAAAAAAUAAAUGAAUUAAUUUAAACAAGUGAAGACCAAGUCUUUAAAAUAUUUUGUUGGAUUUUCAAAUUCUAUUUGAGUUUUGUUUCUCUUACAUUUAAAAAUGUCGAGCAAAGUGAGACCAGCUUGCUAGUAAAUAAAUGAAAUGUAAAAAUUAGAGGCAGCUCACUGGUAAGUGCUGCUAUUUGAGCUAUUUUUAGAACAGGCCAGCGGGCGACUCAUCUGGUCUCUACGGGCGACCUGGUGCCCGCGGGCACUGCGUUGGUGACCCCUGGUGUACGUUAUAUGAGGCAUAAAUAACAAACUGAGAAGGUGCCUGCUAUGUUAACGUAACAUAUUAUGGUAAGAGUCAUUCAAAUAACUAUAACAUAUAGAACAUGCUAUAUGUUUACCAAACAAUCUGUCACUCCUAAUCACUAAAUCCGGUGAAAUCUUAUACGUCUAGUCUCUUACGUUAAUGAGCUAAAUAAUAUUAUUUGAUAUUUUACGGUAAUGUGUUAAUAAUUUCACACAUAAGUCGCUCCUGAGUAUAAGUCGCACCCCGGCCAAACUAUGAAAAAAACUGCGACUUAUAGUCCGAAAAAUAUGAUAAGUCUCUAAUUAUUUUUAAUGACAUUGUUAUUUCUUGAACAGGUGCGGUACAAAACGGAUGGGUGGAUUAAAAUGCAUGAGAAUGCUUUGUAUUUUGAACGUUAUUUUUAACACUGUGAUUACCAGCGGAAUUAUUCAUUACUUACCGUGUUAAGGAAUGUCAGCUAAGAUUCAUCUGAGAGCCAGAUGCAGUCAUCAAAAGAGCCACAUCUGGCUCUAGAGCCAUAGGUUCCCUACCCCUGGUUUAAUGUAUCAGAAAAUGUUGUGGUAAAAUUACGGAUUUGUUGGGUAACAUUUGGUACAUUUUGGUACCAAUACCAAAAUUUUUGUAUACUUACGUGCAAGAGGAGCGAUCACAUUUGUUAAUUGACUGAUUAGCAAACCAAAGAUGUGCAAUGUCUCCCCCGUACACUCAUUUCUGCUGUAAAAUCUUGACUGCUGAUGAAUUAUUUUAGUUACAUGUCCUGUUGCUGAGCUCCAGUACUACAAUUUGAGAUUGUGUGUACAAGUAAUAAUACUGCAACAUCUAUAGUGUGUGUGUGUGUGAAAGUGAACACAAUGUGAAUAAACACUUGAUUAGGA